AUGAAGAACACAUUCGUUACUAUGGCUGUUGCCCUCAUGGGCACAGUCUCGGCACAGUACCCGAACUCCACUACCACCUCCGGAAACGGAACCACCAUUUCGUCGAGCAGUCGCUCUGUCGAUCUUACCAGUACUACUAUUGGAUCUGCUUCUGGCUCUGUAACCCGUACAUCUGGAUCUGGAAGCUCAAGUGCUUCAUCCGCUACCUCUACCGCCACCCCUUCUCUCACCACCGUCGAUGGGGUUACCUUCAGCUUGGAGAUCAACAUCACCUACAGCGGUAUCACAUUCGAGCUUGAUCUCGAUUUCGCCAAGAGAGCUGGUCAGACCUUGGACGACUGCCUUGCCGGCUGUGCAAGCAACUCCUCCUGUGUCGGAACUGCCUUUGAUUCAUCUGAUGAUUCUUGCACCUACUACAGCCAAAUCGACAAGAACAGCCGCACCGACGCUCCUGGAGUCACCUUUGCCACUGUCGUUGGCGCUCGCGGCAACAACGGUACCACCUCCAGCUCUACUCGCAACUCCACUGCCUCCAGCACCGGUUCUUCAGCAACUGCUACUCCUACUGGCCUUGAGGACUUCAUUUGCUCCAAGCUGGACGGAAGUGUUAUCACCAACAGCCUCGAUGUAGCUUUCACCAUUCAGUGCAACACCGGUAUUAUCGGUACCGCUUUGACCAUUGAUGCCUCCAGAAAGCGUCAAGCUACCGUCAUCCCUGCCAGCUUGAGCAACUGUGUCGAUAUCUGCUCUACCGAGGACGCAUGUGUUGCCACAACCUACAAUGAUGCCACCAACCAAUGCGCAUACUACAGCACCUUCGACCUCAUCUUCGCAGAAGGCAUUGAUGCCGCUCUUCGCCUUGAGAACAACGGCGCUCCUGUCGUCACCACCACCAUCACUUCCACCGAGACCAAGACCAUUCAGAUUGAAGGCGGCUCUACUGUGCAGACUGGCCUUGUCACAAGCACCCUCGUCCAGACUGUUUGCCCUACAUGCGCUGUCACCAGCAUGCCCGCUGGCAAUGGCGGUUCCUACUCUACUGCCACCGUUUAUUCCACAACCGUUGUGACCAUCUCUUCCUGCGCACCUACUGUCACCAAUUGCCCUCUCAGAGCCGGCCAGAACGCUGCAGUCAUUACCACUGUGGUUCCCGUUGCACAGACUGUCUACCUUUGUCCUUACCCCACCAAUACUGCCACAUUAACCGCACUCUACGGAGCCGUCACUGAGAAGGAUGUUGUUACAAGCACUGUAUAUUCAUGUCCCGCCGGUAGCACAAUCACUGUCUCUGGAACCCAGAUGGUUCCCGCUCAACCUACUACUAUCACUGAAUACUACACCACACACAUCACUCAGAGCUCUGGCGGUGCUCCCCCCGUCAUGACCGGCCCCAAUGCCAGCAAGACUGUUGUCUACGUCCAGCAGCAAGUCAGUGUUGGCCAAACUUCCACCUACACUCAAUACAUAGUUGUCUCGACCGGCACUCCCCAGCAAACCAAGACUGCCACCAUCACUCAGGCCUGCGAUGGUAUUCAUUGCCCUACCAACACUGGCAACGGAAACCCAGUCACCACCACCUACAAGAUUACUAUCAACACUGUGAUCCCUCAGCAGUCCGCCCCUGCUCAGUGCAACGGCGAGCAUUGUCCUGCCUCUUCAGGCAUGACCACUUCCGCCUACGCCACUGCUACUCCCUCCAAGCCUAUGGCAUUCACCGGCGCUGCUUCUGUUAUCAGCGUCCAAGGCGGUCUUGUUGCCGUGGCUGCAGCCGUCUUCUCCAUCUUCCUGUUCUAA